AAAUUUAUAAAUAAUUUUAAAAUUAAUUUUUAGGAUUGAAGUCGAGUACAAGUGCGGACCGCAGAUAAGUGUUAAGUCGAACGAGUGUACACUAGAAAUGGAAUCUUCUUAUGAUAACACGGUUGACAUGGAGUAUUCAUGGGCUAGGGGUGACGAGUCAGUCCUGUUUGAUAAAAAGGACACUGCUCAAAAAUAUCAAUUAACUGAGGCCUUAGCUCGUACAUAUUCACGGCUGUUGGCUACAUUUACGCUCGACUGUAGAGAUUGUGUGGACAAUGAUAUUAUUUAAUCAUCGACUGCAACGGAAUGAAUAAAUUGCUUAUGAUCUAUUACUUGUAAUUGGUUUUUUAAAAAUUGAUAA